AUGCGUUCAAUGCUUUACAACAAACUACCAUUGACGAUGAACACAUAUUGCUUUGGAAGGACUCUUGCCACUGCAUCAUGCUCUUUGUCCCCGGUACAACUUCCAGCACAAAAAGAAGCACACUUUUGGUAUGUUUUACCUAAUGAGGUGAAGUGCACAAACCUAUUGAACCGAUAUUUUGAAAUAUUAUCACCUUGUGAGAAAGAAAAUGUACUCCGCAUGCGUGGGGAGGAGCUGAAGAAAAGUGCACUCCUAGCUCGUGCAUUGGUUCGCACUACAUUAGCAAGAUACCAGACAAAUUGUCAGAUUGGUCCAAAAUCCUUGAAGUUUAGGAAGAACAGUUAUGGCAAGCCUGAGGUAGACUGGCAAUAUGCUGAUGAUUGGAACCUACCACCACUACAUUUUAAUAUCUCGCACACUUCUUCUUUGAUAGCAUGUGGAGUAACUGUCGGCUCGCAGAUUGGUAUUGAUGUGGAAGAGAAGCAAAGGAGGUUAAAGAAUGACAUUUUAGCCUUUGCACGUCGAUACUUUUCUCCCCAUGAAGUAGAAAUGCUGGCUCACAUUGUAGAUCCUGAGCUUCGACGUCAUGAGUUUAUAAAAUUAUGGACUCUGAAGGAGGCAUAUGUUAAAGCACUCGGAAGGGGCUUCUCAGCGUCACCUUUUAAUACUUUCACUAUUCGAUUAAGAGACCAUUUGAAAGAAGGCAUCCACGUUCUACCUCAUGUAAUUUCUAAGGAAGAUGACAUUUUUGCUGAGCCUUCUGGUGAGCUUGAGGAUCUCUCAAGCAAUUGGCAUUUUGUGCUUCUAGAGUUACUUGGUUCUCAUUAUGCUGCCGUUUGCAUAGAAAAGGACAGCACAGAUGAAGACAAAGGGAGCAUUCCAAUAAAUAUGACGAUACGGAAAACAAUCCCAUUUGUUGAAGAUGAAUGUAUUUCUGCAACUGAUACUGUGGCAGUGAUUGGGGGCUUGAGUAAACUGCUGGUGUAA